AAGCAUAUCAGAAAGCAUAUCAGGAGGCAGAUAGGCAGUCCCUCCAGUUCUUUAUUGUCCAUAAUCUGACAAGGCUUUAGGUUAGCCACAAGAAAUUUGUCAUGAAAAUUAAAGACAGUUACGGGGAAGAUGGAAAUUUGAGUGAUAUGAACACUUUCAGUGUUUCAGACAAGAUUGGGUUUGCCUCAGCUUCUACCACAACCUUUCAGAUAAGUGAGCCUCGAAGCCAAAGAAAGCCAUCCCCAUGCUGUGCUCGGACGGUCCUCAGCAUCUACCUGCUGCUGCUGACGGUUGGCCAGGGGCUGCUGGCAUACAAAGUGUUUAAGAUGCAGAGAGACAUAGUGAAAUUUCAAGAACAAAAUACCUCGUAUACGGAAGAGAUUCUGGAAAGCUACUUUGCCAGCAAACUGCUUUUGGAGAGAAACUCUGUAGAGAAGCACAUGGGACAUGAAGAAAACUGGAGGAAAAGCUUAGAAGAGGAAAUCACCAUAAUUAAAAGCAGCAAUGCAAACCUGAUGAUGAUGAUGAACAACAUCACCCUGGUUGCAGGGCCUCCUGGGCGCAAAGGAGAUCCUGGUCCACCAGGGCUUCAGGGACCACCAGGGACAAAGGGAGACCAAGGAAUCCAAGGCUUUCGUGGACUACAGGGUGUGAAGGGGAGCAAAGGAGAUCCUGGUCCUGCUGGCCCAAGUGGUGAACCAGGAACAAGAGGAGAAAAAGGAGAGAUGGGGCUUGCAGGUCCUCAAGGACAGAAAGGCGAAAUGGGCAAGAAGGGAGACCCUGGGUCCCGUGGACCCAUAGGUCCUCAGGGACAGCAGGGAGUCCCAGGACUGCCGGGUUUCAAUGGGAGCACGGGGGAGCCUGGACGUCCUGGGCAGAAAGGAGAGGCAGGCAUAGCCGGACAGCGAGGACCUGUGGGAACUCCUGGCCUUGAAGGAAGACCUGGUCAGAAAGGGGAAAAGGGGGACCGUGGGCCCACUGGUAGUCCAGGAGUACCAGGCAUUGCAGGACUUAGAGGUGAAAAGGGAGACAAAGGAUUACCAGGUCUUCCAGGGCAAAAGGGAACAAAAGGAGACAUGGGUCUGACAGGAAACCCAGGCCUAGCUGGCGAAAAAGGAAGCAAGGGUGAUUAUGGCCCUCAGGGUCUAAAAGGAGUACCGGGAGCAAAAGGAGCCAAGGGAGAACGUGGAUUUCCUGGUUAUGCAGGAAUGAAAGGGAGCAAAGGUGAAAAGGGAGAAGGUACUGGAUUCAGACAACUUAUAAGAAUCGCAGGAGGGGGCAGCAGGGGCCGCGUGGAAAUCUUUCACCAAGACUCGUGGGGAACAAUAUGUGAUGAUAGCUGGGGCACACAAGACGCCUCUGUGGUCUGCCGAAUGCUGGGAUACAACCGUGCGGUCUCCACCUUUACAGCACCACCAGGUACUGGACCAAUUUGGCUUGAUGAUGUGAAUUGCAAUGGGAGGGAACUAUCAAUUUUUGACUGUGCAAAGCCCGACUGGGGUGUGAACAACUGCUCCCACAACGAGGACGCUGGGGUGGAGUGCAGUUGAAGAGCCACAGAGGCUGCCCUGGGAGCUGCUGCCUGCCUCUGCUUUCUAAGGCAUUCUUGUUCAUAGCGCACACCCAAUUUCUUCAGGCUGUGCUUAUAGUGUCUUUACCAGGUCAUAAAAAUAUUGACAGAGAAAGUUGAAUUUCCCAUAAAUCAGUAAAGGUUGCAAGACCCACAGGUAACUUGAAAUGUCCCAGCUGUCACGAAACAUCUGCAGACCAGGCAUGUGAGACAGUUCACAGCUUCUCCAGCUACCUGACAUCAGCUCAUCUGCAGUAGCUCACAUGUGUGUGAUCUCUUAAGUCAACAUAGGAGGAGAACUGGUCCCCUUGAGCUUCGUGCAGUAAGAGAAGGCAGGAUGAAUGUACAGAAUUGAGCAGUUACUGAAGCUUAGCUGGCCUAGUCCAUCUUCAUCACAGUUGUGAGUCUGAGCCUAAAACCCCCAGUGAAGUGCAUACACCCAAGACAAGAGAUGCUCAGAAAUCAUCAGAUGAUCUCUCUGGCAUUCAAAUAUAAAUGUUCUCCAGAAACAAUGCUGAUCACAGGUUAAAGUGCAAAAAUAAGUGCCUGGGAUCUAGGUGCUGCAGUAUCCAGGUUUAGCACAGACCUUGUUUUUGACCUCAGCCAAGUCCUCUGCCCUCUCUGUCAGUGUUUCUUGGCCUGUCCCCAGGAUCCCCUUUACUUUAUCCGGUGUAUAAAGCUAAGUGUUUUUAUACCUUUAGAAAACAGAUUCUCCAGUAAAGCAAAAGGAUGAUGAAUAAAAGCAGUAAUGGGGAAGUAUCAGCUAAUUAAACUUCCAGAGUGAAAAUAUGGACCCUUAACCAAAGGCUUCUGCCUUAACUCAAAGUGUUAUACAUGUCUGAGAUAACAGCUGAAAGGCUUCUCUUUCUUAAGACCUAAGUCUUCCCUUUUCCCACCAGCAACGGGCAUUCAGCAGGUGACAGCAGCCUGUGUACAUGUAGCUGGGCACAUCGCAACAACCUGCUUGUGGACGUUUUAUUUAAAAUGUCAGAAAUACAUGUAAGAGACUCCACAUCUCUGCCUUAAUGUAAGUCAUAAUUGCAUUUGUCUACAUGGCUUUGAAACUUGUUUUUAGUGCUUAGAAAGCCAGCUAUAAGUGAAAAAACUGAGCAGUGCUGGUAAGAGCAGCAGGCAAUAGGGCUGACGUGAGUGAGAAGACACAGCACUGUGCAGGGUCCAACAGUGCAGUCUGCAACAAAGCUCUCCGUUUUGACCCAAAGGAGUCUCAGGCCUCAGGAGAGAAGUCUGGAAAAUCCCAAGUGUUUUCCAGUAUCCACUCUGAUGCCUUUGAUAGCAGGAAAAUGAAGAGAGCUGCUUACCUUUCCUGGCUCUGGUUUAGAGGAGGCAAGGAGCACCUGCUACAAACCAUAGGUGAAACCUAACGAACAACAUCUAAUUCGAAGCUGGUGGAAGAGGACAGUGGCUCAUCUGCACGAGAAGAGACAAAAGCUUUCUGUUCUGGUAGGGAGCCCCACCAGCACUAACAGCAUGCUGAGUACCCGGCACUUGGGCUAACGCAGCUUUCCGCAGUGCUCCCAUAGACAUUGCUGAGCCUGCACGGGUUUCCUUCAUCUCUUUUUUGUGUGGCAGCAUGUACAUAAAGAAUUUCCACUGUUAGAAAAUAAAGGAUUUACAAGCUA